AGGACAUUUGAGUGGAUGAUUUGGUAAACAACGACCGCUAAAUAAUGCCCAAAUUUUAUUAAUUGAAAUAUGAAAUUUAAAAUUAAAUGUGCAAAAUAUUUUGGUAUACUUAAAAAUUAUAUUUCUACAUCAUCUGGUGACUUUACUUCCAAUCUCCAAACACUAAAUAUAAUAUCUGGAAAUUGGUGGGAUGAAGAUGGAGAAUUUAAACCACUUCAUAGCUUAAACAAUAUUAGGGUUCCAUUUAUAAGAGACAAGCUCAUUAUAAACAAUCUUAAGAGCAACAUAUUCAAGCCACUUAAUGGUUAUAAUAUUCUUGAUGUUGGGUGUGGAGGUGGAAUACUCUCCGAACCAUUAGCAAAUAUAGGAGCAAAUGUCACUGGUAUUGAUACAAAAGAGAAUAUUAAUAUUGCUAUUCACCAUUCAUUCAAUUAUUUACCAGACAUAAAAAGCAGAUUAAACUAUAUUUCAACAAUAGUAGAAGAGCAUUGUGAACAAAAACCUAAUUACUAUGAUGCUUGUAUAGCAUCAGAAGUAUUGGAACAUGUUGAUAACUAUGAGUCUUUUGUUAAAAGCUGCUGUCAAACAGUCAAGCCAAAUGGUAAGAUCUUUGUUACCACCAUAAAUAAAACAAGACUUUCAAAAUUUUUUGUAAUCAAUGUUGCCGAAAAUAUUAUGGGAAUUGUUACCAAAGGCACACAUCAUUGGCAAAAAUUUAUUCAUCCUUUUCAUCUAAUUCGAACAUUAGAAAAAUAUGGAUUCACUGUUAAUCUCAUCCAAGGCAUGAUGUACAAUCCAUUAUCUUCUAAUUGGCACUGGAUCCCUAAUAUAUCCAUUCAUUAUGUUCUUUAUGCCACAAAGAACACUAAAUAUAAAUAAAAUUUCCAGAUAAACACUAAAAAAAAUUUAUUACUUUAUAUAUAUUAUAUAUCAUAUAAUAUCAUUUUUAAACUAACAAUUUUACAUAAUUAUAAAAAGAAUAUAUAUUUCUAAAACAAUAAUAUACACUAUAUUAU